UCUUUCAUGGCUUCCACAAUAUAAUUGGAAAUAUAAAUUUUUAAACAAUUCGAGCACUACGGGCUAAAUUAAAGUUUUUGGUCUCAGCUUCUUCUAUUUAUUAAGAGGGCGCAAGGUUCCAUUACUGCGACUCCUGAAGCUUUCUCUUCGUCAGAAAUGGCACAUACAGAGAAGGGUGAGGGACAUAAGGAGAACAAUACUGAUUACACUAUGGAUGGAACAAUAGAUAUAAAAGGCAGACCUUGUCUUAGAUCAAAAGGAGGAAGAUGGUCUGCUUGUUCCUUUAUUGUUGUUUUCGAAGUAUUUGAGAGGCUGGCAUAUUUUGGUGUGGCACCAAAUCUGGUUCUCUACCUCACAAACAAGCUUCAUCAAGGCACUGUAGAAUCUUCAAAUAAUGUCACAAACUGGUUAGGAACUAUAAUGCUGACACCAAUCUUAGGUGCCUAUAUUGCCGAUUCUCAUCUCGGUCGAUACUGGACUUUCAUAUUAUCUUCUGCAAUCUACUUAUUGGGAAUGAUCCUUCUGUCUCUUACUGUCUCACUCCCUUCAUUGAGACCUUCGGCUUGUAAUUCAUCAAACGUUGAAGACUGCAAGACACAAACAAAGCAAAUCCAAGUUAACAUCUUCUUUUUAGCACUGUACAUAAUAGCAUUGGGUGCUGGUGGAACAAAGCCCAAUAUAUCAACUUUGGGAGCCGAUCAAUUUGAUAUUUAUGACCCAAAGGAAAAGGCCCUAAAGCUCUCAUUUUUCAACUGGUGGACAUUUGCCAUCUUCAUCGGCAACCUCCUCUCGAGCACAUUCCUUGUCUACAUCCAAGAUAAUGUUAGCUUUUCAGUUGGCUAUAUCAUUCCCACAGUCGCAUUAGCCUUUUCAAUACUGGUUUUCUUUAUUGGCACUCCAUUUUAUCGGCUUAAGUUGCCGUCCGGUAGUCCCAUCACAAGGAUAGCUCAGGUCUUGGUGGCUUCUGUCAGGAAAUGGAAGGUCCCUUGCCCUGUUGAUUCAACAGAGCUAUAUGAGCUUGAUUCGGAGUACUACGCAAAGAAGGCUCAUUACAAGAUCAAUCACUCAGCCUCAUUAAGGUUUUUUGAUAAGGCAGCUGUGAUGAUUGGCUCAGAUAGUCCAUGGAUGUUAUGCCCCGUAACUCAGGUAGAAGAAACCAAGCAAAUCAUUAAACUACUACCAGUCUUCAUCACGUCAAUCAUUCCAAGUGUGAUGAUGGCCCAAGUCCUGACCCUCUUCAUCAAGCAAGGAGUCAACUUGAAUCGCAACGUAGGACGAAACUUCAAAAUUCCGUCGGCGAGCCUCUCUUCCUUCUUCACCAUUGGCACACUCACAAGUGUUGCUAUUUAUGACAGAUGCUUUGUUCCAUUUAUGAGAAAGCGCACCAAAAAUUCAAGAGGCGUCACAAUGUUACAGAGGAUUGGCAUAGGUGAAGGACUUCACAUCUUCAUCAUGAUCAUGGCGGCCCUAAUUGAGCGAUGGAGAUUGAGCGUUGUGAAAAGUCAUCAUCUUGUUUAUCAAAAGGAUAUAGUUCCUUUAACAGUUUUCAUUCUGUCUCCACAAUUUGUUUUGAUGGGAGUUGCAGAGAUGUUAGUGGAAGUCGGAAAGAUGGAAUUUUUCUAUGAUCAAGCACCUGAAGGAAUGAAAAGCUUGGGUGCUUCGUUCUUUACUACGAGUAUUGGAAUCGGAAAUUUUGUCAGUAGUUUUCUUCUAUCAACUGUGGCAAGGGUGACCAGAGAAGGAGGGAAGAAAGGAUGGAUUGAGAAUAAUUUGAAUGCUUCUCAUUUGGAUUACUAUUAUGGAUUUUUUGCUGUUCUUAAUGUGAUUAAUUUCAUAUUAUUUUUAGUGGUUUCUAAGUUCUACGUUUAUAAUAAAGAAGGUGUUGAGAUUGACAAAGAUAUGAAGGAAAUUGCUACAGUGGCUGUAUCAAAAUAGGAUGAGAACUCUUCAUGUUUUUAGAAAAAGUUGGAAUAAACUACCAAUGCUUCCUGAUUUUUA